CUUUCCUCAUGGUGGAUUUGCCUGCUCCCCAGGAAAAGACAGGAGGAAGAUUGUCUCAUGGUGGAGGCUGUCGUAGUUGCUCCGUAUCUUACUCAGUAGUUAGAUAGCAGGCACUUGUAACCCUUUGCUUGCUUUUCCCCCUCCCCUCUCUCCCUUCUUCUUCCUCUCUGCCCAUAGCAGUUUUCUUCCUUCACCCUUCUCUCCCUAUUUUCUUCACAUCUACCUAAAGCUUCCUCUAUCUCUCAACCCGCUUCCUGUGUUCUCUUCCUACCUGCCUCCCCAAAAUUGUGUCCUAACCGUCCGCAACUCGAUAACCCUCCAUCAUGAAAGACCUCCGGGGAGAUGAUGACGCGCAGCUCGCAGCCUUGGGCCACAGAGCCGAACUGAAUCGGAACUUUUCAAUGCUAUCAAUGUUAGGCUUAGCCUUUGCCAUCCUGAACUCAUGGACUGCUCUAUCUGCAAGUUUAUCGAUCAGUCUGCCGUCUGGCGGGUCUGUGAGUGUUGUCUGGGGAUUGGUCACGGCGGGUAUCUGUAACCUUUGCAUGGCGUCAUCUCUGGCGGAGUUCUUGUCCGCUUAUCCUACCGCGGGUGGACAAUAUCAUUGGGUUGCAGUUGCUCCGCAGAGAUACAUGCCCAUUCUCUCAUGGAUUACCGGCUGGGCCAAUGUAUCUGGCUGGGUCGCCUUGGCUGCUACUGGUGGAUCUCUAGGCAGUGAAUUGGUCCUGGGUGUGAUAUCCUUGAUGCACCCGACAUAUGAGUCGAAACGUUGGCAUCAGUUCCUCGUUUACAUUGGAUUCUGCCUUGUUGCAUUCCUGAUCAAUGCUUUCUUGAACUCUAUCCUUCCGCGCUUGACUAAGGGAGCCUUCAUUUGGUCACUAACGGGCUUCGCUGUUAUUUGCAUCACUGUACUUUCAUGCUCAUCGCCCAACUACAACUCUGGAGAGUUUGUCUUUGGCGAUUUCAUCAAUGAGACGGGCUGGCCUGAUGGUCUCGCUUGGCUUCUGGGGCUGCUUCAAGGAGGUUUCGGUCUCACUGGAUUUGAUGGAGUUGCGCACAUGAUCGAAGAGAUCCCGAACCCUUCUGUUGUCGGUCCCAAAAUCAUGAUUGGCUGUGUUGCCAUUGGAACUUUUACCGGUACAAUUUUCUUGAUUGUGCUUCUCUUCGUGGCUGGGGACAUCAACAACGUGAUCGGCUCGGCAGCGACUCCCCUUCUUCAGAUCUUCUAUGACGCAACUAGGAGUCAUGCUGGGUCUAUCUGUCUCUUGAUUUUCCCUUUGGUCUGUGUCCUGUUCGCCGCUGUUACUAUUACGACAACCAGCAGCCGCAUGGUCUAUGCAUUCGCAAGAGACGGUGGUAUUCCUGCGUCUCCUUUCUUCAGCAAAGUCCACCCGAGACUACAGUUGCCUCUGAACGCUUUGUAUCUGACGAGUUUCUUCUGUGUUGUCUUCGGAUGCAUCUUCCUUGGCUCUUCUAGUGCAUUCAACGCUAUUCUGUCUUCGUCUGUGAUUCUGCUUGACAUUGCAUAUGCUAUUCCGAUCGCCGUGAAUUGCGCUCGGGGCCGGAAGAUGUUGCCCGAAAGGCCUUUUGUCCUGCCUAGCACGUUUGGCUGGAUUGCCAACAUGGUCUCUUUGACCUACAUCUCGAUGACCACUGUCCUCUUUGUCUUCCCUCCUGACCGUCCCGUGACUGGUAGCAACAUGAACUACUGUAUUGUUGUUGUGGGAGUGGUUACGAUCCUGUCGGUCGUCCAAUGGUUCGUUGACGGCCGUAAGAAUUUCUCCGGGCCCCGGAUGGAUGUAGAUGUGAUCUCUGGACAGAUUGCCGCUGGGGGUGAGCCGGCUGACUAUGCCGUGGAACAUGGCAUCCCCCAUGAUAAAUGAGCUAUGAGAUUUAUAGAUGAAUUAUAAGUUGGCCUUCGAGCACAGGUGCCAGAGGACCGAUUUGAUAUGAUAACAUGCCACAGAAUGUCAUUAAAGAGAUGAUUUUGACAGCAAUGUACUCUAAUUGUUGGGAAG